GGAGCUGGUCAUAUUCACCAGAGUCGUGCUGGGCUUUGCUCUCGUGUAUUCUAGACUUUUGCUUUGCUUGUGAAACGUGCCUGGAGGGGCUCGUCAGAUGAAAACAGCAUUCUGAGCACGACCACUGGAAAAGGAGACACUCAGACAGAGGAGAGAUGGAAAAGCCAGUCUUGCAGACACAGCCGUCCACGCUACCUUUUUUUGACACGGCCCACGCCUUCAAUCUGCUGCGGGGAAUCCACGAACUUCGAGCAGAAAGGAAGUUUUUUGAUGUGACUUUAUGUGCCGAGGGUCGUGAGUUCCACUGCCACCGCACGGUGUUGGCCGCCGCCAGCACUUACUUCCGGGCGAUGUUUGCAGGAACUCUGAGAGAGAGUGUUAUGGACCGAGUAGUUUUACAUGAGGUAUCAGCUGAGCUUUUAGGCCUGCUGGUGGACUUCUGCUACACAGGACGGGUCACCGUCACUCAGGAUAAUGUGGACCUCCUGCUAAAGACGGCUGAUCUGUUUCAGUUCCCCUCAGUCAAAGAGGCCUGCUGUGCUUUUCUGGAGCAGCGGCUGGAUGUUUCCAACUGCUUAGAGAUCCAGGACUUUGCAGAGGCCUAUGCUUGCAGAGAGCUGGCAACAAGUGCGCGGCGCUUUGUCCUCAAAAACAUAAUGGAGCUGGCUAAAGGAACGGAUUUUGAGCGGUUGCCGUGGAAGCGUCUCCUUGAGUUUGUGUCAGACAAUGAGCUUUGUGUGGACAAGGAAGAGACAGUUUAUCAAAUUGCAGUGCGCUGGGUGAAGGCUGAUCUCCAGCGGCGGCUGCACUACUGGCCUGAGCUCCUCCAGCAGGUUCGACUCCCCUUCGUCAGGAGGUUCUUUCUGUUGGCCCAUGUGGAGAGCGACCCACUCGUCUACCUUUCACCAACAUGCCUCCGGAUGGUGAACGAGGCUCGCAGCUUCCAGUCGUGUGAAUAUGACCGCCACGACAGGCCCUGCCAGCGCAUGCGGCCACGGCCUUCCACUGGAUUAGCAGAAAUCCUGGUGGUGGUAGGAGGCUGCGACCAGGACUGUGACGAGCUGGUCACAGUGGACUGUUACAACCCUCAGACUGGACAGUGGCGCUACCUGGCUGAAUUCCCCGAUCACCUCGGAGGAGGUUAUAGCAUAGCUGCCCUUGGAAAUGAUAUGUAUGUCACAGGUGGCUCUGACGGCUCUCGCCUCUAUGACGGCGUGUGGCGCUACAAGUCCAGCGUGAACGAGUGGACAGAGGUGUCGCCCAUGCUGAAGGCCCGCGAGUACCACAGCUCCUGUGUGCUGAAAGGCCAGCUGUAUGUGGUUGCGUCGGACAGCACUGAGCGCUACGAUCACGCUCUGGACAGCUGGGAGGCUUUGCCCGGCAUGCUGCAUCCUAUGGACAACUGCUCCACCGCCGCGUGCAGCGGACGCCUCUACGCUAUAGGCUCCCUGACUGGCGAGGACACCAUGGCCAUCCAGAGCUACGAUGCAGACACCAACCGCUGGACCAUGGUCAACUGUGGACAACUCCCUCCGUGGUCCUUCACGCCGAAAACUAUGACCCUCAAUGGCCUCAUCUACUUUAUCAGGGAUGACUCUGCUGAGGUCGACGUCUAUAAUCCUCAGAAGAACGAGUGGGACAAAAUUAGUCCGAUGACCCAGGUCCACGUUGGAGGCAGCGUUGCAGCCCUGGGUGGUAAACUCUAUGUGUCUGGUGGUUAUGACAAUACGUUUGAGCUCUCCGAUGUGGUGGAAGCCUACGAUCCGACCACGCGCUCCUGGACUCUUGCUGGACGACUACCUCAGCCGACCUUCUGGCACGGCAGCGUCAGCAUAUUCCGUCAGUUCAUGCCCCUGGUGUCGAAUGCGUUCGAACCCGUCGACAUACCCGAGUCGAACGCCAUUCACCUGCACCGGCACCAGCGUCACCAAGCGCUCCACAAUCUCAACAACAAUCUCAAUCAGAACCAGGAUGUGAACCCAGCGCACUGAGUCUGGACCUCGAAAUCCCCAUCACACAUGUUCAGUCUGUUCUCCCUUGUUGUGCCAUCAGUAGUUUACUGUGAAUUUACCUCAUCACAAUCCUAAAGCUGUCUAAGGCAGAAGGGAAGACUGAGCAUGUACACACUGGUGUCUGAGGUCCUUGUAAUCCGCUUGACUGCCAAGCUGUUGUGUACUGAUAAUCACUCGAGGCUGGGUGAACUGCAGAAAGGCCCGGGGCCAGAUAGCUGGAUGGUACGUUAAGCAUCCCACAAAAAGAGAGUUGUGUUUGACAUGAGCAACACUUAAAAAAAAAAAAAAAAUAGAUAAACACAUCAAACACCAAUGCCCUGUCUCGUAAUUCUAACAAAAGGGGUUCAGAUCUGCACCAAAAUUUCUACUUUGCUUGUGCGCCUCCUUUCCACCAAGUUUCAUUUAAUCCAACUUCAUAGUUAUUGCAUAAUGUAGCUAACAAAGAAACAAACAAAUUCUGUUACUUUGAGAGGAAAAAAUGCCUAAAACUUGCAAGUGUACGCACGAUGAUAGAGAUAUGCAUACGCAUUCUUUCAUCAAAUUUAGAAAGUUGCAUUUUGCGCACAUUUGAUUCUGUGGUUUAAAUCUUAGUCACUGUGGAAAUAGGCACACAUGCACAUGCCUCAUUUCUACUCCCACAUGCCUUAAAUGGGCCUAGUAAAGCUCUUAAACAUCACUUCGAUCCUUGGGCCCGCUCCACCACCCACUAAAUCUUCCCGAAAAACCUCGAAAAUUCACCUGCUGCUGUGAUUUUCUUCAAAAGCAGUGAACAGCUGCCAUUAUGUGCAGCCAUUACACACAGCUGUGAAUAUUAUCCCGCUCACAGCACGAUUCAUGAACCUGCACACUAUCAUCGCGGUGAUGUGUUGUCAGCCAUCAGCUCCUGAUGGCAAAAAAAGUUAAUCACUCAAAUAUUUUAAAAUUAAGUCUAUAAAUGUGCCUUUGAUUAAGACGUUAGCGAACGCUGCAAAAGUAUUAACAGAAUUAGUGAAAUUGUUUAAAUGUAAUCUCUUCAUUUAAAUUUCUUCAGUCAGCUUGAGUUGCAUGUUUUCUUUCAUCAGUACGAGUUGAUGUGUGGGACAUGUAGUCUGCAUGGUUUUUAUGCACACACACUGUCUAUAUAUCUGGCCCUUGGUGUUUCUUAGCCCCAUUGCGGACUAUAUUAUCUACCGCAUGGCAGAAAGCUCUGGUAGGUCCUGGAGAAAAGCUGCAGAAAGCUUGUUAUACGAGGUAGGGACGUUAACCAGACGUAGAUUUACCAAUUGAACCAGUGAGUUUUUCAUUUCAGUCUUUGCUCACGUGAAACCAAAGUAAACUGCAUGAAAGCACUUGAAGUAAGUAAUCAAUCAACAGAAGUAUUUUUGAUAAUCAUUAUUAACAGCAUCAUUGGUUCCAACCUUUCCCUUUUUUUCUAUUUUUCUCUGUUUUAUGUCUUUUUAAGUUUCAAACAUAAGUUGAUCUGGUUUUGGACAGUGACUGUAUUAUUUACAGUCUACGCCCUUAAAACAUCGACACGAGAACCACAGUUGUAGUGGAUGUUUAUUCCUGAAAUAUCCACAAGGGGCAGCAAUGAGCCACACAGACAGGUCCGUAAAAAAGUGAGAUUUAUUAUUUACUGGAUGUGUUUUCAAACAAAGUCUGUAAAGCUGAGCUUUGCUUUGGGAACCACUGUGUGGGAAUGUCACCCACAUGGUAGAAGAGAGUGUUUCUGUGUAUGGACCUAUGUGUGUCAGCAGUGAAUUUAUUUGUUUUUGUUUGUUUGUUUUUACAAAGAGUGUAUUUAAAUAGUCAAGGGGAACUCCACCACAUCGAAUCUGUUUACGGGUCCUGGGGAGCAUUAAUGUGUGCUGUCUGUUAAAGAAGUCGUUGAGGCUCCAGAAGGAGAUCCGUGAAACCUGAUAAACUGGCAGCAACAGUUGGAUCUGAACACUACAAGCCUGAACAUGAAACAAAUCUGGGGGUUUAAAGUAAGCAUGUUUACCAGACCUCUGUAGCUGCUCCUUGUCUUGGCUAUAGGCGACUAGCUUGAGGCUACAUUUGCCACUGUUAGCGUAACACACCUGAAAUCUCUGAACUGUUGGAAGACAAUUUGAAUCAUGGGUGAGGUAGGUUUUACAAGGAAGAAGGGGAAGAAGGGAAGGAAAAUUCAUGUAAUAAAAAGACAACAGCCGUGUUUCUAUAAAUGUAGUUUAAUUCAUGUUUUGAAGUAUCACAUCAGAAUAGAACUUUAUUGAUCCCUUUGGUGCAAACCUCAGGGAAAUUGUUGUGAGAAGUUUAAUGGAAUCUGUUAAAUUAGAAAAAGUUCCUGAGGUUCUCAAAAAAAAAUCACUUGAGGUGGUUUUCAAAAAUGAGUUAAAACACCUCAAGGAAGAUGGAAACGCCUUUAAAAAAAAAAAAAGUUCGGAUGUAGCAAACAUUUAACUCACACGACUAAUCCAGUACAGUGUGAAUCGUGGCCAACACCAGCUCACAGCAAACAAUAGUUUUAAUUUCCAGAAUUGAAAAUAAUUCCUUAAGACUUGUCUUCGUUUUUUUCUGUGGAUGAACAAACUUUUGUUUCUUCUUCAAGGUUUUUUUUAGAGGUUAGCAAACAACUGCUUUUGUUUUGUACUUCUUCUACUCUGUAUAUUACAACCAUAUCGCCCUUUUUUCUGUUGUUUUUUUAAACAACAUUUCAAAAGUUUGUUUGAAAUUCACCUAUUUAUAUGGAUAUGGCUAAUAUCUGCGGUUUUGCUGUCCCAGUUUUGAUCUGAGUGCAGUGCUUCAUUGGUGGAGUCCUCCUUUUAACAAUCUGUAACCAUGAGCAAGAUCCAGACAUUCGGUCAGAAACAGCAAUAAUCUGUUUACAUUCCAAAAAAGACGGUGAUCACAACUGAUAUCUCACACUAAACAGACACACAUCUGUAUGGCUAAAGAGGAAGGGUUGAAACGAUUGUGCUGAGUAACCUUCUGUCCUCGUAGCACAACUUCAGGAUGGUUGCAUGUGACGUUAACACGAGUCGAUACUCUGUUUCUAGUGAUCACAGCAUCUCCUUGUCGGUCCUGAUCCUCAGACUGAGCUACAUCAGCCUUCAUAACCACAAAUCAAAUGUGCAUGAAGAACCCUGUUUAAAAAAAAAAUGUAUUUAUGAAUGUUUUACUGUUUUCUCUGUUUAUUUAAAGAUAUGUUUGUGCUGUGGUUGCUUAUGAAGUCCCUGCCUAUCAGCUGCAACAAGAUCUGUGGCAUGUGGUAAAUGCUAGUCGGCAGUCUCAACUGGAAGUGCAAAAGAAUCUCAUGUAAAAGUAUUUUUGCUUUCAUGGAAAUAGUAUUUUUGAGUGUUUCUAUGCUUAUUGUUACUGCAGCUUUCUUUUCUUAGUUUUCAUACCGGUUUGUGAUGUUGAGUCCGUUUUGUAAAUACAGUAUAUUCCUAAACCUUC